AAGGGGAAUGGCCGCCAUGUUACCGAAUGGAGGAUCUCGCAAGCUUUGUGUCUAAUUACGGGGUUUUCCCCGGCAAUACCAGAUCCAGGAUAUCUGAUUUUUAUUCGCGGGGUUUUAAGGGAUCCUUACGAGUGGAUGAAGCUUCCUGCGGUGUUCCAUUUUGUGGUAGGUGUUUGAUACUGUAACUGGGGACAAUGCACCAUGGGAGUGGAGCACAGGGUGUCCAGAGGCAGCUCCAGAGGUCCAAAUCCUUCACCGGGCCUGAGGCAGAGGAGCAGCAAUCGCAGCAGCAACCAGGCACCCUCCCUCAGUCCCCAGUGACCUCGUUCGCCCCCGCCGCCAGCCCGUCGGCCCCUCAGUCCCCCAACUACCAGAUCAUCAUGAGCCGCAGCCCCGUCACGGGUCAGAACAUGAACAUCACCCUGCAGAACGUCGGGCAGAUGGUGGCGGGCAGCCCGCAGAUCACUCUCACCACUCUCCCCCUCCAGAGCCCAGCGUCGCCGGGGUUCCAGCACAGCGCCCCGCAGUGGAGAUUCGAGCACGGCUCGCCCUCCUACAUCCAGGUGACGUCGCCCCUGCCCCAGCAGGUCCAGCCGCAGAGCCCCACCCAGCACAGCCCGGUGCCCCUGCCGGGGGUCCAGAGAUCGGUCGCCCCGGCGGCGGGCAUUGGCAUGUGCGGGCAGAGCCCCACCCGCUUCGUGGACGCGAGCAUGCUGGUCCGGCCGUUUAGCCUGAGCGGCUCAUCGAACAGCGGGCAUUUCGUCUACCAGGACGGGACGGGGUUGCCCCAGCUGGCCUCCACCACCGCGGGGCAGGUGCAGCUGGCCUCCCCCGGGGCGCCGGGGUCCGUGCGCGAGCGCAGGCUUUCUCAGACCCACUCUCAGACCGGGGGCACCAUUCACCACCUGGGACCCCAGAGCCCAGCCGGCAGCGGGGCUUCGUCUCAGACUCUGGGAAGCCCCGGCCACAUUACCACCUCCAACCUGCCCCCUCAGAUCAGCAGCAUCAUCCAGGGCCAGCUGGCCAGGCCCCCGGCUGUGUUUUUGGAGAAGAGCUCCCAAGUCGUGGUGGCGGGGGUGGGGGGUCCGGCCGCCUCUUUCGGGAUUUCCUCCGCCCUGCCUCCCUCCAGCCCGUCCCGCGCCAACCCCCCCCAGGGACUGCCGAACCCGCCGCUCACCCCCACCGGCUCCUCCGGCUCGGUGAAGAAGCCGCCGAAGAAGCUGGAGGAGAUCGCCCCCGCCACCCCGGAGAUCGCCAAGCUGAGGAAACAGUGCCUGGAGCACCACACCAAGAAGAUGGAGGGCUUGAAGGAAGUCUUCAAGGACUACCUGAUCGAGCUGUUCUUCCUGCAGCACCUGCAGGGGAACAUGAUGGAUUUCCUGGCCUUCAAGAAGAAGCCCUGCGUUCCCCUCUACACCUACCUGCGGCAAAACGACCUCGACCUCGAGGAGGAAGAGGAGGAGGAGCAGUCUGAAGUCAUCAACGAUGAGGUUAAGGUGGUAACAGGAAAGGAUGGUCAGACUGGUACACCUGUUGCCAUAGCAACACAGCUUCCUCCCAAUGUCUCUGCUGCAUUUUCAGUGCAGCAUCAGCAGUUUCAGGCGCAUCAGGGUACGUCAACUGCUGGCAUUGCAAACACGGUAGAGAUCGAAGCCUUAAAGAGACAGGCUUCGCAACAAACAGAUCAGGCUAAGAGGCCCCGGAUUGAAGUUGGUCGCCAUGGGAUGGUUUUCCAGCAUCCUGGUGUAGCACCUUUAGGAUCUCCUGGGGUUCCUCUUCAACAGCUUAUGCCAACAGUGCAAGGAGGGAUGCCUCCGACUCCUCAGGCUGUUCAGAUUGCUGGGCAAAAGCAGAUUCAGCAGAAGUAUGACCCGUCCAAGGGGCCUCCCGUCCAGAAUGCGGCAAGUCUGCACACUCCUCCUCCCCAGUUACCUGGUCGUCUGCAGCCCACUAACAUCCCUCUGAACACGCUUCCUGCUACCAUGCAAUUGGCACAGCAGCAGCAGCCUUUAGUGGAGGCCCAGGUCCAGCAGUCGGCUCAGCUCGCAUCCCAGGUGAAAGUCCAGCAGCAGGGGCCUGUGCCCAUCGCCGCCAACCCUCAGACUCAGCUUCAGGCUCAGCUGCAGCAGCACAUACAAUCAGGGCUUCACAUUCAGAUACAGGCCACACAACAGCUACCACAGACUCAGCCCCUGCUACCGCAGGGUCAGACGACUGUAACUUUGAUGCGACCUGCUUCAGAAUCAACCCAGGCAUGCCAGAGACUUGUGGCAAAUGCCAUACCUACCUCUUCAAUUUCACCAGCAACACUAGCAGCAACAGCGUCACCUUCUAUCACUUACCCAGUGCUGGCGAACAGGCCCGCCUCAGGCUUGAGCACGUCGUCCGUUUCCCAGACCAAGCUGACUGGUGUGAACGUCUCUUCUCUUCCUAAAAUGUCUGUCUCGGCGCAGGGGGUUACUCCGGCAACGCAGGAGAGCUCUCAAGACAAGCAAGCAGAGCAAGCCAAACUGGAGAACCAGGUGCACCAGCGGGUAGCAGAACUGCGGAAAGAGGGCCUGUGGUCCCUGAGCCGGCUGCCAAAACUGCAGGAAGCCCCACGUCCCAAAUCUCAGUGGGAUUAUCUACUGGAAGAGAUGCAGUGGAUGGCAGCCGAUUUUGCUCAGGAGAGGAGGUGGAAGAUGGCUGCUGCUAAGAAGCUCGUCAGAACCUGUGCUCGUUACCACGAUGAACAAAAACAGGUUGAAGAAAGGAUGAAGAAGGAAGAGGAGGCAAGACUCAGACGUAUUGCAUGUACGAUCGCAAGGGAGGUGGAGUUCUUCUGGUCUAAUAUUGAACAGGUUGUUGAAAUCAAACUUCAGAUUGAGAUCUACGAGAAAAGAAGAAAAGCGCUUAGUCUGCAGAGAGGAAAAAACAAAGGGCGACAUGGAAAACCUGUUCACCACACAGGGGAGAAGUCAGAAAGGGCCGGCACCAUGCAGCUAUCACCUUCUGGAAGAAAGAGAAAAGUGAGUGCUGCAGUUGCUGAUGGCGAAGUUGAAGAUGAGGAGAGCACUAUAGAAGAGCAGGAAGCUGCUGAAGGGGCCGCAGACCACAAGACUGAGCUUGCCGAGCUGGCUAAAGAAGCUGAAAUGCCUUUGGACUCCCUGAUGAAGCAGUACGCUGGUGCCUAUGCUGAGAGCUUUGAGUGGCCUCGUCCCAGCUCUCAAAGCGAAGAUGAAGACCGAGAGAUGGAGGUGGCUUCUUCAGACAGCCCUCAAGAGGAAAUCCUCAUAGACUCGCUGCUCAGCAUGGAGCAGUACAGAGGUGCUGAGAAAAUCUCCACCUCCCAGCCUGAUGGGAAACCAAGGAAAGACAUUACUGAAGUAGCUGCUGCCACUGAACUGAUUCUUCCUAAAGGACUUGCCCGAGCCAAUGCAAUAGUCCGGAAUCCAGCACCGUUUCUGCUCCAUGGAUCUCUACGAGAAUAUCAGCAAAUUGGUGUUGACUGGCUGGGGAGCCUGUAUAAGAAAAGACUCAAUGGUAUCCUGGCCGAUGAGACUGGCCUGGGCAAGACUGUGCAGACAGUGGCUUUCCUGGCACAUUUAGCUGGCCAUGAAGGGAAUUGGGGACCCCACCUUGUUGUGGUGCGAACCUGUAAAAUCCUGAGCUGGGAGCUGGAGUUCAAACGCUGGUGUCCUGGAUUAAAAAUUCUCCUUUAUCUUGGCAACAGAAAAGAACGGAAAAUAAAAAGAACGCUAUGGUCAGAAUCAAACGGUUUCCAUGUGUGUCUGACCUCCUAUAAACUGCUGCUGAAGGAUCAGAAGGACUUUCUGAGAAAGAGAUGGAAACACCUGGUGCUGGAUGAGGUUCAAUUGAUUAAAAACAUGACCGAGAAACAUUGGGAUACAGUCUUUUCGUUGAAAAGUCAACAGAGGCUCCUGCUUAUUAACACACCUCUUCAGAACACGUUGAAAGAGCUGUGGACCAUGAUACACUUCCUGCUGCCUGGUAUAACGAGACCCUAUCUGGAUUUCCCUGUCAAACCAGGCACUGAUGAAAACCAGGAGUACUGCCACAAACUUGUCAUCCGCCUGCACAGGAUGAUUCAGCCCUUCAUUCUGCGGCGUUCGAAAAGAGAUGUUGAAAAGCAGCUGCCAAAGAAAUACGAGCACAUUCUCAAGUGCCGUUUGUCAAAUAGACAGAAGCUCCUCUAUGAAGAUGUAAUGACCCAGACUGGAGCCCAGGAGGCCCUGAAGACAGGUCACUUUGUCAGUGUUCUUCAGGUGCUGAUGCAGCUGCAGAGGAUUUGCAACCAUCCUGAUCUUAUACAUCCAAGAUCCACUCAGACAGCCUAUGUGUCCAAGGCACUGCAAUAUACAGUACCAUCCUUAGUACUGAGUACUUUUGAACACAGUCUUUGGAAGACUGUCGACUUGUCCAUAUUUGACUUGAUUGGAAAUGAGAAGAAACUAACUCAGUAUGAAGCCGAGGAAGCUUUGCCAAAGCUGAAGGUCUCCCGCAAGUUAAUUGAAGAGAUUUACAACUCCCCAGACCCUCCUGCCAGACCCAAGCCCUACAAAAUAAAACCCAUGAAGCUGUUCCAGCCAGUGCAAUAUGGUCAGAAGCCUGAAGGACGCGCUGUUCCUCUCCCUGGGUCCCAGCCCCAGCGCACCUCUACUACUACAACAGUAACAGUGUCCCAGCAGGCCCAGGCCCGUGGGAAAUCACCUGUCAGUACUGUCCCCUCCACACAGGUGGCAGGGAUGGCAUUUCAGAAAGCCCAGACUACUACCACUGCUUCAUCAGUCACCACUACCUCUGGACAGCACACGGUUACGCCAGCGGCCUCCAUCUCCGGCAGCACAUCCUCUUCGACUGGCACAGUGAGCCAGGCUCUGAGCAGCCCUGCAAGUGGUGCUGUGCCCCAGCUAGGCCAGCCUGCACCUGUACAGGUUUCUAGGCCAGCUCAGGUCACAGCACAGGCCCCUACCCAUGCCAUCCAGCAGAGCCUGAUGUCACAGAGGCUGGUACUCACCUCUCAGGCCCAGGCACGAUUGCCUAGUGGAGAUGUUGUGAAGAUCGCUCAGCUUUCAUCGAUUACUGGAUCCCAGAACAGGAUCUCUCAGCCAGAGACUCCAGUCACUUUGCAGUUUCAGGGCAACAAGUUCACAUUAUCGCAGAGCCAGCUUCGCCAGCUGACAGCAGGGCAACCACUACAGCUACAAGGUGCUCUAGGCAAUAUUCUGCAGAUUGUGUCGGCACCUGGCCAGCACCUUCUGAGACCUCAGGGCUCAGUGGUAAUGCAGACAGUCCCCCAGACUCCACCAGUCCAGAACCCUGCUGCUCCCCCUGCCAACCAGCCACCCACCACUUCUGCUCCUGCGUCCAUCACAGGGCAAGCUGCUGGAGUAAAAUCUGCUGUCACAGCUGUAACCUCUGGAGACCAAGCAGCAAAUACAAAACCCCUUGCAGCUCCACCAGCUGUUUCUCAGGAGUCCUUUGAGGAAAAGAACCGCCUGACCAAAGAUCGACUGAACAGGCUCUUCUUGGCCAAUGAGAGACGUUGUAGUCGAUCGGUCGUUUACGGCAGAGAUCUGCUGGAGGCCUGCUCUGUUUUUGAGGUGGACUCUCUGCCAAAACCACUCACCCUGUCUUCUAACUGCUGGAGGUGGAUCGGAAGGGACAGUUGCAUGAGGGCUCAACAAACAUGCGUUUCUGUUGUGUCCCACCUGCAAAAGGCUUUAAUCACAGCUGAACAGCGGCAAGAAGAGGAAAAAGACAUGGCCAAGAGAUUUCUCUGCGUAGUUCCACCUGCAGUUGCUCAGCCUCCUCAGCUGUACUCCACAAAUCCUCCUCCUCAGUAUAGUUUGGGCCUGAAGAUGUUUAGACAUAGAUUUCAACACGCAAUGGCGCCCUAUUCCACAGAGCUGCGCCGCCUGACUUCUACCAACCUCAUAGAGUUCCCAGAUCCUCAACUCUUGCAGAUGGAUUCAGGGAAGCUAGAGGCUUUGGCUAUUCUGCUUCACAAGCUGAAGUCGGAGAACCGGCGUGUUCUUAUAUUCACUCAGAUGCUUAAAAUGCUGGACAUUUUGGAGAUGUUCCUGAAUUACCAUCAGCUUACCUAUGUCAGGGUUGAUGAGAAUGCCCCCCUGGAAGAUCGACUGGAGCAAAUGAGGACCUUUAACAAAAACAAGCAGAUAUUUUGUACAAUCCUUACAAACCGUUGCGGUUCGGCGGUGGGUAGUAUCUUUGAUGCAGACACCAUCGUGUUUUAUGACACUGAUCUGAACCCCAGCAUGGACUCAAAGACACAAGAAUACUGUGACAAGAUCGGCCGGUCAAAAGACAUCCAUAUAUACAGACUUGAAAGUGGUAACUCUAUUGAAGAGAAGCUGCUAAAGAAUGGAACAAAGGAUUUAAUCAGAGAAGUUGCUGCUCAAGGAACUGACUAUACUCUUGCCUUUUUAACACAGCGGACGAUACAGGAUCUGUUUGAAGUGGAGUCGGGUUCGGGAGAAAAAGUAGAAGAGUACGUCGUCCUGCACCAAGACCCGUCACCGUCGGAAACCAUUUCUCCCCGCAUAGCCCGUCCAUACAUACAGGCCCUGAACAGCAUCAGUCACGAUGGGGAAUCGCAAGCACCAGGCAAAGUGGAGGAUGUGUCUGGAACGGAAACGAGCGAGGAGAACUUGGGACAGGAUGAAGACGAACCCUCCCAGCUUGAGGAGCUGACAGCUGUCAUGGAACAACUUACGCCGAUUGAAAAAUAUGCCUUGCAGUAUUUGGAAUAUCUUCGCUCAAAUUCCAGUGGAAUUGAUGGAGUGGAAGGAAAUGCUCAGGAGAAAAUUAAUUCUGCUGCAAGAGACUGGGAGAUGCAGCAGCAGCAGAAUUUUAAGGCUGAGGAGGAGAAGAGACUAAAGCUGGAGGAAGAAGAGGAUCUGUUUACAUAUACCAGAGAAGAUGCCUACAACAUGGAAUAUGUCUGUGAAGGUGCAGAUGGGCAAGCAGAAAUAAUGCCGCUCUGGACCCCGCCAACACCUCCUCAGGAUGACAAUGAUGUCUACAUUGACUCGGUGAUCUGUCUGAUGUAUGAUACGACUCCCAUGCCAGAAUCAAAGCUGCCGCCUGUUUAUGUGAGGAAGGAACACAAGCGACUGAAGAUGGAUCCAUCCGCUGCAGGCAGGAAGAAGAAACAGCGUCAUGGAGAGGCAGUAAUCCCGCCCCGCUCGUUAUUUGACAAGGCCAGCAUGAUUAAGGUGCGACGGGAUGGCAAAGACCAGAAGAAGAACAUCUCGCUCAAGCACCAGGCUCCUUUCGCCAAGCCUCUGCCCUCCCUGGUCAAGCCUACGAUGGAGGCAGGGCAGGACAAUCCCGAGUGGCUCAUUAGCGAGGACUGGGCACUGUUACAGGCCGUGAAGCAGCUAUUGGAGCUUCCCCUGAAUCUCACCAUCGUCUCGCCGGCGCACACCCCUAACUGGGACUUGGUCAGUGACGUGGUCAAUUCCUGCAGCCGGAUAUACCGCUCUCCCAAACAGUGCCGCAACAGAUACGAGAACGUCAUCAUCCCCAGGGAGGAAGGGAAGCUGGUAUACGAAGCAAAUCCGAAGAAGAAAACAAAAAGCAUUUAUAAGUCCAAAAACAGCCGACCACUACGGACGUGCCAGAUUUACACUCAGGACGACAAUUCUACUCAGAUACAGCUGUAUAGCAGCCGGUUUGAAUUGAUGAAAAUGAUAGCCAGCAAGCGAAGUCCUCCUAGCAAGCCGCUACUGGGUAUGAAUCCAUUUCAAAAGAAUCCAAAACACGCAUCAGUCCUGGCAGAGAGUGGCAUCAGCUAUGAUAAGCCGCUGCCUCCGAUCCAAGUGGCUUCACAGCGUGCCGAGAGAAUUGCAAAAGAGAAGAAGGCUCUGGCAGAGCAGCAGAGAGCUCAGCAGCUGGCGCAACAACAGCAGCAGCAGCAGCAACAACAGCAACAGCAGCAGCAGCCAGGAACCCCCCAGCAAGCUCAACAGCCAGCCCCUCAGCAGCCGCAGGUCCAGACUCAGGGGGCCUCCCAGCCCCCGGGUGUGUCCCAGGCUCAGGCUGCUGCCCAGGCCACCGCUGGCGCCGUCCCCAGCACCGCGUUACUGCAGGCUGGGGCAAUCAAGACUGCGGCAGCUGGAACAAGUAUACAGACAGCUGCUGUGAGCGGAAAUGUGAUUUUGAAUACAGUAGCUGGGGUUCCUGCAAGCACCUUCCAGCCAGUCAACAAACGGUUGACCUCUCCAGUGAUACCUGGCACCUUGGCAGCAGCUGGAGGUGCUGCUGCUCAAGUUGUACAUGCUCAACAGAGGGCUAUCCCUGCUGCUACAGGUCCCACUGAGAUGGUCGCCAUAGCAACCAGCCAGGGAGUCAGAACCGUAACCCCAGUAACUGCAUCCUCAGUGGUUCCCACCACUCUAACUCCUGGCCAAACACAGACAAGAGCUUUGGUCACACAAGCCACAGCCACAGGAAUGCAGUUGCCCGCAGGAAAACAAAUCACCCAAGCUCAACUCAGUAUCAUGAGACCGCAGCUCGGCGGCUCUCCGCAGAUGAAAGCCAUGCCCAAAAAUCAGGAGCUGCUAAAGGCACAGAUGCAAAAGCAGAAAGUGCAGCUGGUGCAGCAGCAGCAACAGGCGACGUUAGCUGCAGCUCAGCAACAGGGCCAGCAGCCGGGGCAGCAGCCUCAGCCCCAGCAAGCAAACCCCCAGCUCACUGCUGUUGCCACUUCCCGGCAUGGGGCAGUGCUCGCCAGCACUCCCGUCGCCAACCUGCAGGUCGCCCGCCUGACUCGCGUGUCUCAGGGGCAGAUGCAGACCCAAUCAGCUCCGCAGGUCGCCAUCACCAAGCCUGUGGUGCCUAUGCCCACCGUUGUGUCUUCCACCGCCCUGCCCGUCACCGUGGCUGGGAUCAGUGUGGCAAUAGCACAGCCGCCGAAAACAGGUGGCCAGGUGGUGACGCACUCCUUCCCACAGAUGCAGGUACAGCAGGUGCAGCAGAUGCAGCAGAUUUUGCAGCUGAAGAAACCACCGCAGGUAGCAGCCACUCAGGCAGCCGCCGUUGUACAGCAGAAAGCAGUACAGCCUCAGCAGGGACAGGCGACUGUACAGCAGAAGCUGGCGACUCAGCAAGUGACUGUCCAAGCACAGCAGCCUGCCCAGCAGCAACAGAAAGUUACCUACACAACAACCCAGCUCCAGCCGGCUAUUAAGACCCAAUAUAUCACCCCUAUGGCCCAGGCUCAGAAGCCAGCAGGAGCACAGCAAGUGCAGGGUCAGCUGCAGGUUUCAGCAAAGCUACCACAGAUAGUCCAACAGCAAGCUGCUGUGGCCAAUAUUCAGCAAAUGGUGUCAGCUCCACAGCAGAUGCAGGGCCAGCCACAGACGGUGUCCUUAUCCCAGGCCACCCCAUCCGCCCCCCAGCAGGUGCAGGUGAUCCCAGCAGCCACCGCCACGUCCCAGGUGCAGCAGAAACUGGUCCAGCCGCCUGUGGCAACAGCCGCCUCCCCGCAGAUCCAGACCCCCCCCCCGCAUAGCCCCGCCCAGGCGCCGGCCAGCUCCGACGCACAGAGCCAGCAGCCGGCCAAGGUGCAGGUCAAGACGUCCCCAGCUGUGCGGGUCAAAGCGCCCAACAAGCCCAGUUAAAGGAGUCUGGGCACAUACAGUAACUGCCUUUUCACAGGCUGCUGUUCUGAUUGAACUGGGUGCAUACACACAGACUCUGAGCACCUGUCCUCCUUGUCUUGCGCAGUAAAGGUGAUGCAGAAUAUAAAAAAUGAUUUAAAUUGUGUACAGUGAAGAGAUUUUAUCCCUACUUAUGGACCGCAGUUGUUGGUGUAUGAAAGUUAGUCCCACACAUGAAUUGUAAUCAACUUCAGCAGAUGUUGGAAAAACAGCUGCAGAAAUUGAAACAUUGUGUUCAAUGAAAACUUUUUACUGACUGUCUUUAAUUCUGUCACUGAGGCAUUAUGAGAAGGUGGUUUUAUUCCUUGUAUUACAGCUGACUGCUGGUGGUAUUAAAAAAUCCCACUGAAGGAUUACUACCAGAUUGUUUCAGAUUUACUAAAAUUGUUAGUUACUGUAGUAUAAAAAGAAAACUGAUAUAUUGUGGGUGUAAAAUAACAAAAUGUGGUAUUUCUAACAUUCAGUCUUGUGAAUUUCUACAUCUCAUUCAUAUUCAUUAGGGGUGGGCUGAGGCUUAGAUUUAGUCAGUGGGAAGUUGAGAAAUUGAUGUGAAACUGCUUGUAAAAGGUGUAAUUUAAUUUCUUUCCUGCUCCUCAGUAUUUUUUUAAGUUUCGUCAUUCCAUGAAAUUUUGCCUUUUUUAUUUUCUGUGCUGUGAAAAUACUGAAAUUUCCCUCGAUAGUGAAACUGUCCAUGUUGUGGUAUCUUGUUUUUUUAAUAAUACCACAAAAAAUCUAUUUCACCCAUAUGAGGUGGGAAACAGAUUUUUUUUUAAUCAUCUGGAAGCUUAACAUUUUAAGUGCUUAAAGAAAAAUUUAAGGUUACCACAGCCUGAGGACGUUAGGAAAUUGUAUCUAUAUUUGUAUGAAUUGUUUGCAAAUCUGUAUGUUCAUACAGUUCAAGCAGUGAAAUAUUUAAGGUGUAACUUGACACCGGGGGGGGUUCAAUAAGUAAUCAAUUGAAGGAUAGUCAACAGAUGGGUUAAGUAGUAGCUGACAUUACAAUUAAUUAAUUAACACAUUUAUUUUGUGUUAUGGCUGUUCACUUACCAGAAUUCUUCUGUUUCAAUACUGAAACAUGUCUUGUAAAAAAUGCCGGCACAGUACUUCAUUUGGGGAGGGGGGGUCGUUCAAAAAAGGUGAACAUGCGGUAUUGAUUUUUGCCCCAGCUUAAUUCAGUCUUCAGGGUGGUUGUCGUUUUAACAUGCUGUAAAAAAAGACAGCAAAAUAUAUUUGUUUUUCCUAUUGUUUAACCAUUUAAUUGGAUAUUUCUUUUAUAUUUUUGUAAAUAUUCAUUGCUGAGGACAGAUUCUUAUAUUUUCUGUUUUGACAUUAUAAGUGUAUCUUGUUGCUUUAUGGGACUUGUGUAAAUAACCUGUGAAGAUCAAAGUAACAGAAUUUGUACUUGUAAAGUAGCAUUUCCAUUUUUUCCAGCCUAAUUGUAAUAAAUUGUAAGUUUUUUUAA